AUGGCCUGGCGGAGCUCCGGUGCAUCAAAUAAAGACCUCGUCGAGAACUUGUGGCGUAAUGGUCUCAUAAAAGACCAACGGGUCAAGGACGCCUUUCUCAAGGUUGACCGCGCAUACUACGCUCCCUCCGCCCCCUACGAAGACUCUCCCCAGUCCAUCGGUCACAAAGCAACCAUCUCCGCGCCGCACAUGCAUGCCACCGCUGCCGAAUCCCUCCUCCCGCACCUCACCCCCUCCGCGACGAAACCUGCCCCGCGCGUGCUGGACAUAGGCUCGGGGUCGGGGUACCUGACGCACCUGCUCGCGGAGCUGGUGGGAGAAAAGGGCCUGGUGGUCGGACUGGAACACAUCGGAGCGCUGAGGGACCUGGGAGAGCGCAACAUGCGGAAAAGCGACGAAGGGCGGGCUUUGCUGGACAGCGGCAAGGUGCGAUUUCACACGGGCGACGGGAGGAAGGGGUGGGUAGAAGCCCCGCGGCCAGGGGAAGAGGGAGGCGGCACCGGGUGGGAUGCCAUCCACGUCGGCGCUGCAGCCGUUAAGCUCCAUCAGGAGCUGGUGGAUCAGCUGCGCGCUCCGGGCAGAAUGUUCAUCCCCGUCGAGGACGACAACGGCUACGACCAGUAUGUCUGGGCCAUUGACAAGAAGGAGGACGGAUCGGUCGUCAAGGAGAAGCUUUUCGGUGUUCGAUAUGUGCCCUUGACUGACGCGCCUAAGUCAUGA